AUGGCUACCACAAUUUCACCAACAACAUGCUUCAUCUUUCUCCCUAUAAUAAUUCUAUCAUCAUUUUGUCCCAUAACAACACUAUGUGCCACAGUUCUAGAAGACCUCAAAAACUUACACAAACCACUAGAUUUCAACACUACAAUCAUCAACAACUGCAUCAGAAACCCAUCUCUCAGAUACUGCAAUUCCUCUCCCAUGAUGGACCUUGAUGAAAUAUUCAAACAUACUAUUGUUGCUAGUCAUCUUUGCAAUGAAUCUAACAACCCAAAUUGUGUUGAAUCAUUCCCCAAAAUCGAUCUUAGAAACCGACCAAACAUUGCUCCUCUUUACUUGUCUUUCACUUUCUUUUGGAAAUAUUGUCCCUUGACUAUUAUGUCCAUUGAUUUCUCAAACAACUCUAUAAAGGGUAGUUUUCCAAAUGAUGUUUUUUUCUGCACUCAGAUUCAGUCUCUUGAUUUGAGUAUCAAUGAAUUCUCUGGUGAAAUUCCAAUUCAAAGUUUUUCUCCAUUAACCAACCUCACUUUUCUUAACCUCUCUUAUAACAGUUUCUCAGAGAGUGAAAUUUCUGAUUCACAGUUUUUCAAAAAGUUUAACUCUUCAAGUUUUCUUCAUUCUGGUGCUCUCAUUGAUCACAAAAAGUUUACUAUAAAAGCUAUCAUUUUAUUGGUUGGUUUUCCUAUUCUUGUCAUUUUAAUGGUGAUUUUCUUAGGAUGGCUUUGUUUUCAAAGACCUGAUUAUCUUCCAAGAAUCCUUCAAAGAAGUGGGAGAUUUACAUUUACACCAGCAAUUCUAAAGGCGGCGACUUUCGGUUUUUCCAACAAGAAUUUGGUUGGUAAAAGUGAAUUUGUUCACAUAUACAAAGGAGUGUUAAGAGAUGGAACUAAAGUGAAAAUUGAGAUGUAUUGGGAUGAUAUAUCAAGGGACAGUUAUCAUGAAUUUGUUGAGGAAUGUAAGAUUUUGUCUGAGUUAAACCAUAAGAAUCUUGUUAAGGUUCUAGGGUGGUGUAAAGGGAGAAAAUUUAGGGCUGUUAUAACAGAAUGGAUAAGAGAAGAAAGUGUUGAAAUGUGGCUUUUAGAGUCAGGUCCUUCAUGGAAUCAUAGAGUGAAAGCUUUGAUGGGAGUUGUUGAAUGUAUGUUGUAUCUGCAUGAGGAAUGGCCUGAAGUUGAUUAUGAUCUCAAGAUAAGUAGUGUUUUGGUACAUGAUAGUCUUGAACCAUUGAUUUCAAGGUUUCAAGUUGGAGAUAGAAACAAUAGUCGAAAAAAGAUAUGCAAGUUUGGAAUAUUUCUGCUAGAGAUGAUACUAAACAAGAGGGUUCAAGAUGAUUUUGAUGGAAAUGACGAUGGAUUUAUAAGCUACAUGAGAACCCUUCAUCCACCAGACAUGCAUAAGAUGAUUGAUGAGAGAAUGGAUGUUACUGAAACAGCUUUGCAUCAUGUUAAACAGGUUCUAUCCUUGGGAUUAAUGUGUAUAGACCAAUCAAACAAUGAGAAACUACCAAGCUUUGCACAUAUAUACAAUAUUGUAUCAAAGGCCUAUAAGGAUAGCCUUGUUUUACCAUAUCAUAAAACAACUCAUGGAGAUAGAGUUAAGGGACACAAGCGCGUUCAGUUCAAAUAA